CAUAUCGCUGCUGUCAGCCUCUGCUGCCAGCGCGCCGUCCGUGUUGUUGUAGUAAAUAAUGGCGGCAUCGGGAGGCGGAUUAUCACCUCCCGCUACCGUCGCGGGCUUGAGCACACUAGCUCCGGCCAAGGCUCGUUUCCCCGGUCGACCAUGCACGGCUCGAAGCAGGCUGCGGUCGGAGAAACGUUCCAGACGCGGAAGGCUAGGCUCGGACGAUGGGGAGCUGGCUGACGGAGGGCCGAGGCCCGUAAACAUCGGUUUAGCGUUGAGCGAGGACCCGUCCCUGCUGCGCCUGCUCGGGGUGGCGGAGAAGCACAGCCGGCAGAGAGAAGCGGGGUUCGACUCCAGCAACAGUGAGGAGGAGGAGGAUUUCACUGGAUUUGGGACCUCGUCCGUUCGUCCACAGAGAUCUUCUGGCACUGUUCCCCAGUCUUCUCCUCUAGGAGCUUCAGAUUGCUCUCCUGGAAAACCUCUUAUUGGAAAAAUUAUACCCAGGACCCCAAAACCAGCUCUGAUUGGAAAAAUUGUCCCUAAUGUCCAAGAAGAGGGCCAUGACGUAAAAGACAUUGAAAUACCAAAAGUGGUCAAUAAACUGCGAGGCAAGCAGGUAGAUCGCACUGCAGCAGAGCAGGCUUCAGGUAAACUUAGCAGCACAAAGUCAGCUGACUUUGUCAGGAAAGCAGGAAAAUCAGCAGGCUCUCGCAGCUUGAAAAACCAAACCACCGCAGCAGUUGAGCUGAUUAGCACUCAGACAGCAGUCAUUGGCCACGAUAAAGCUUCUACAGUCAAAGAAAGAGGCGAGGUGUCAGAGGACUCCGGCACGGACCAAUCACAGUCUCGGAGAGCCGUGAAAUGCAGGAGGGGCUUUCCACUGGGGCACGCUAGACACACAUCUCAAGCAGUUGCUCUGUCCUUUCCCAAACGGAACCGUAAGAGGACGGCUAAGGGAAUGGCUACUUCACCUGAGGCAGGUGCACAGAGCGGGGAGGAGGAGGAGGAGGAGGCGGCGAUGCCCCUGAAAUGUAAAGCUACAGAUUCCCCAUCAAAAAGAACGCACAAAAGAGGACGCCGAUCUUUGUUUGGGCACAGGCGGAAGCAGUUGAAGGACGGUCCACUCAUUAAGUACCCCAAAGUAGCUCGCAAUCGCACUAAACGCGUUUUUUACGCCUACGUAGCAGAGCCCAUUCCAGGCACAGAGACCCCUGAUGGGCAGCUACAUGGUCCGAGUACUACUCCAUCACAUGGUGAGACGAGCUUAUUUCCUGAACAAGUCCAGCCGAGCUCAAACAACUCCUUUACCACGGUAACGAGCGGACGAUCCUCACGCGUUAUAAAAGCUCCAAAGAGGUUCUUGGACGAAGAAAUGAUUCCAUUUCCAAAAGGUUCUCUGUCAACAUACCUGAAGAGUCAAAAGAAAGAGGACGGAAAACCAAGUCCAUCAUGUCAGGAGUCAACCUAUGACGACAGCUCGCUGCUGUCGGACAGUGACUCUGAGUCUGAGGUUGAGAGUCCGUCUGCUGUGACAAAGUUCCCAUUAAAGCCAAGCCCGGGCACAAGCCACCUCGAGAUCUACAGGAACCUCAAGAAACUCACCUUGAAACUCGCUGAGAAAAAGAAAAGCCAGCCAAUCCCUCAGGGAGAUGACACACAACCUGCAGAGGGUUUGACCUCUAAUGUCAAGAAGAGGCGGAGGUCCAAGGUCAUGGUGGAGGAGAUGGACUCUCCCGGUGUUGUGAGGAGACUCGCCAUCGUGGUGAACAAGGACGUGCAAGCAUCUUCACAUAUGCCAUUGGGAGACAAAGGCGACAACAGCUGUGAAGCAAGAAGUGAAACCGGGGACAGUCAUGAAGUGUUGGAAGUUAGCGGACUCAGCCAUCGGAUCGGUCUCAGUGGAGCUAAUAAGACGAUGCUCCACCUGCUGAAGAAAGCAAAAGUCCAACUCUUCAAGAUUGAUCAGCAGAAGCAGCUGAAGUUGUCGCAGUUUGGCUCCAAAGAAACACUGGUACCAGUGAGUGGAAGAAGGAGGAGGAGGAGGAGACGAGUUGGCAUAUCACCCAAAGAUGACAGUCCACAGGAGCAGCCACUAGGCGGUCCUAGGAUCAAACAUGUCUGUCGUGCAGCAGCUGUGGCUUUGGGGCAGCCCCGUGCAAUGGUGCCUGAUGAUAUUCCCAGACUUAGUGCCCUGCCACUACAUGAGAGGGAGGGCAUCACCUUUUCUCCUGCAACAGAAGAUGUGGCCGAUGAUGACGAUGACAUCGCUGAUCAGGGCAGGGCUCAGUGGGUUGUCUCUCAGGAGAGCAUCCGGAGGAGGGGGCGAGGAAGGGGAAGGGGAGUCGGCCACAAGUUCAAGAAAAGGAAGAUCCUAAAUCAGUUUAUUCCCGGAGGACUCCGCUCCCGACGCUGUGGUAUCUGCGAAGGCUGCUUGGUAGAGGAGGACUGCGCCGAAUGUGUCAACUGUCUCGACAAACCCAAGUUCGGGGGGCCAAACACCAAGAGACAGUGUUGCAUAUACAAAAAGUGUGCCCGGAUUGAGAAAGCAAAGAUGGAGCGCUUCAUCAAACCACUGAAACUCAAGGCGAGGCGAACGUCAGGCUCUGAUUCCAGCAGUGAGAAUGCAAACUGGAUCUCUGGAGGAGCGGGAGAGGGAUCGUCUUCAGUGGCUCCUGGGGUCAGAAAACACUCCUUGCGUAACAUCAAACCCCGCUCAUACAGCAACCUGCUGAAGUCUGAAUCUGAAGAAGAAGAGGAGGAAGAGGAAAAGCAGGCAAAGGCAGAAAAACCCACCGUCAAGUCAGAUGUUACUGCCGCUAGCAACAAAGAUUUCGGAUCACUGCCUGACAACCUUCUACCUGAGACCGUGAAGCAUCGCAGGCCUUUCCCCAGAGCUCCCGCCGGCAGACCCAGAGCUAUCAAGGAACAGGCGAACAUGGAAGAGAUGGAGCCCAGAGACACUUUCCCAGACUCCGGCCUGUCCAGGAGCCCAAUGCCGAAGCUGCAGCGGCAGCUACGAAUACACUUACACCGUCUGCCUGAUUCUGUGCUGCAGUGUUUGGAUCAGUGUGCUUCAAAGUCCCAUCCAAUAUUGUCCCAGCUUUUAACACAAUAUGCUGUUUCAAAUUCAUCACAUCCCGCAACAGAACUGUCCCCCCCUGUCCUGCAUCCCGCUUCUCCACUUUCACCAACAGACUCUGCUCAGACAUCUCUGCUGUUACGUUUGCACCGUUUGCCCGAGUGUGUGAAGCAGUCAACUUUUGAUUUGCACAAAUCUAAAUCCUCAUCAUCACAACAGCUCCAGUCUGCACAGCACACAUCUCUGACAGAGUCAACGAUGUGUUUGAAGGGCGAUCCAGAGGUGCAGAACCCAGAUGACGCUAACAUAGAUAACAUGGUGUACAAUGCUGUGAAUGUUCUGUCUCACAUUGCAAAUCCACACUCAGAGUUACAGGAGGGCAGGCAAGAGGACCAGGAUGCAGAAGAGGAUCGGCCCGAAGAGGAGGAUGAAGAAUCUAUAAACGAGACAGUGCUGCAAACAUCUCACACACACUAUGUCCUUCGUUCUCAGAAUCCUGCAGAAUGUGCAGCGACUACCCCGACAGGGGUAACUAACGGAUUUCCCCAAAAGGGCCUGUCGCAGAACAAGUACAAGAUCCGUGUUGACUUCAAGGAGGACUGUGCUGUGCAAAAUGUUUGGCUGAUGGGCGGGCUCAGCGUCCUCACAUCUGUCCCAACCACACCCCAACCUGUCUGUCUGCUCUGUGCCAGUAAAGGACGAUAUGAGAUGAUAUUCUGCCAGAUCUGCUGUGAGCCUUUCCACAGUUUCUGCCUCUCACCUGAGGAGCGCCCUAUCAAGGAGAACAAGGAGAACUGGUGCUGCAGGCGCUGCAAAUUUUGUCACGUGUGCGGCCGUCGAAGCAAGAACACAAAGCCGGUGUUGCAGUGCAGAAGAUGCCAAACCUCAUACCAUCCUUCCUGCCUGGGACCAACUUACCCUAAGCCUAUGAACUGCAGCAUACCUUGGGUGUGCAUGACAUGUAUUCGGUGUAAAAGCUGUGGUGUGACUCCUGGGAAAUCCUGGGACUUGGCCUGGAACCACGAGCAGGACCUUUGCCCUGACUGCACUCUUCUCCACAAUAAAGGAAAUUUCUGCACAGUCUGCCACAAGUGCUACAGUGACAACAGCAAACACUCACAGAUGAUACAGUGUUUCCAGUGCAGCCACUGGAUUCAUUACUCAUGUGAAGGACUUUCAGAUGAGCUGUUUGGUUUGAUGUCAAACCAGGCAGGAGAAGUUCCUUUCACGUGUUCGCCCUGCAGCCAAACUAAAACCAGCAGCUUGAAAGGGGAGCUGCAGAGCAGGCUGAUAGAUGGACUGCAGGAGGUGCUCACUGACCUCCUCUCCAACAAUGCCACACAGCACCUUCUUAUCUGCAAAGCAUGUCAGGAAACAAAUAAAGAGGACGUCAGGGAAUUGCAGCCAGUCUGUGAUCUACAAGCUAUAGAGAGGAGGUUUGAAAGGGGAAGAUACUCCUCAAUAAAAGCUUUCCAUGCAGACAUUGCCACUGUGAUGAGGAGGUGGCUGAAGGAGGAGGAGCCUCAUCCUGAGGAUCAGAGGCUGAGCAGCCAGGCCAAGGCACACUAUGUCAAACUGGUAGAGCGAGUUUUUGGCUGGUUUUCUUCACACCAACUGAAAAAGUGGAACUCAAUCUCAGAGGAAUUCCCAAGCGGCAUGCUGCCUGAGGCUGUCCUCCCACCUUCCAAGGAGCACAGCUAUGCACAGUGGCUGGAAAGGACAUACCAGCCCAGGGAGUUCAGAGGCCAACAGACGGGGAACAUUCUCCUGUCCUCACGCACUGCUCAGCAGUCUGGUGUAUCGCACAGCCUCACUCAGUUUAAACAUGGUGCAGUAAGUGAUCUGGAAACUUCCAAGACUGAAGAUAUGAGGCAGUGUUCCCUGUGCCAACAAUAUGGAGACGCUGCUCCUUGUGAUGCAGGGCGGCUUCUGUACUUGGGACAGAACGAGUGGGCCCACGUGAACUGCUGCAUUUGGUCUGCAGAGGUCUAUGAGGACAACAGUGCUCUUCUGCAAGUGCACAGUGCUGUCUCAAGAGGGCGCCACUUGCGUUGUGACCGUUGUGGGCAGUCGGGGGCCACUGUGGGCUGCUGUCUUGCCACUUGUCAGAGUAAUUUCCACUUCAUGUGUGCUCGCGCGCAGAACUGUGCGUUUCAGCAGGACAGGAAGAUUUACUGUUUCAAACACAGAGAUCUCCUCAGUUCAAAGAGGGUGUCUGGAAAAGGAUUUGAGGUCACUCGGCGGGUGUAUGUAGACUUUGAUGGGAUCAAUCUCAAAAGAAAGUUUCUCACAGGCCUGCAGCCAGAAUCUAUAAACAUGACCAUAGGAUCUCUACAGAUUCAGAAACUUGGUGUGUUGACAGAGCUGUCGUCUAAUGGGAGGAUGCUGUAUCCUGUCGGCUAUCAAUGUUCUCGGUUGUACUGGAGCACUUUAGACCCUCGCAGACGUUGCAAAUACACUUGUAAAGUUACUGAAGUUAGUACGCCACUCCCUGGGGAGGAACCAGAUCCCAAGUGGGACCAAGAAGAAAUCACACCAUACCCAAUAAAAUCCACUACCACAUCACCCAACUCUAAACAGCACAAUACACCUGGAUCGAAAAGUCCUGGCUACACACAAACUAGGAGACCAGCAGGAGGGUCAUCUAGACCUCUUCCAUCUCCAGGGUCCGCUCUCCCAAAAUCUCAUCACAUUUUGACAUUAAGGGACCUGGAGGACACCCGUCGGCCGCGAAGGCUGUCAACAAGAAGCCGCUGUAGUUCCUCACAAUCAGACGGCGACCCGUCUGUGCCAAUAACCCUCCGUUCUGGUGGCAGUGUCCACUCCAGGUGUGCUCUCUUCAGCUCCCCUCCUAGAUCAACAAACUUGGGAUCGGCCUCACCUCCUCUCUCAAGACAAAACUCCACAUCACCUGUCUGGAGCUCCCCACCUCAAUCCAACGCUGGCAUUUCUGUAGGGCUUUCACCCCGCCAAGGAACCCUCACUCAUUCCCCCAAAGGGAGGCAGAACUUUAAAAUCACAACUCCAGUUUCUGCAGAGGUUCCCCAGGACUUUCUAGCAUCAUCUGAGGCAGAAGAUGCAGCAGUGGCUACAACCAACGGGAUCUCCCUGGCCCCGGAUAACCUGGAAGAGGAAGUAGCUCAUCUCAUGGCGCAAGAGCUCCCUUACACUGUGUUUGACACGGACACAGAGGUUGCGGUGGCCUCCAUGCUUAAUGCUAAGCUUGACUUUGACGAGGCUCUCCUAAAUGAGAACAUCACGCUGGGAGGGGCCGGGAGGGAAGAACUUGAAGGUGUAGUGCAAGAAGGUAAUCAGGAAAAUGAAGAGUCAUGCCAUUACCUCAGGUUUUCCCGCACAGUCGUGUGUGACGCUGCUAGCAGCUCAGACGCCUCAGGUCAGCUCCCGCCGUCUCAAUCAAUCUCACAGUUAGAUGGAGCGGACGGAGGGUCGGACAGUGACGAAAUCGGGGGGACCGAUGAUGAAGCUCAGGACGAGGGAGAAGAAGGAGAGAUUAGGAUUGAUAACAAUCAUAAUGCUCCGACUAAACAGCUGACUGUUGCUCUGAAGAGGCUGGACUCGAUCUAUACAGUGUCAAAGUCAACAGAUGAAGGACCUGCUGAGCCAGACUUUGAUGCAAAUUCUCUUCCAGUUGAUUUUCUCCAAUCGGACUUUGCAAAUGACAACAUGUCGGUGCAGGAGGAAGAGGUCCUGAUGAGCUCUGAAACGCUAACCUCUCAAAACGAACUCAUCAAACGAAUCGUCGAAGGAUUUAAAGAUGAUUUAACUGAUCCCGACUACUCUCCAGAACCAAAAACCAAAAGGUCUCCACCGGUGCUGUUGAAAUCCAUUUAUGUGAAGACAAAACAUCCACCAACAAACCUCAAACGGACAGCGCCAAAAGUGUGUCUUCCAAUGCACACGUCGGUCUCUCCUUCUGCUGCCAACUAUUGUGCAGUUCCACGCACGGUCACAUCCCCCAUUGUGAUCAAUGGUUUAAACGCUCUACCAAUUCAGCCCGGUGCUACACGGGGAAGAACAGUUGCCAUCCGCUUGGACAGUUCAAGACCAGGAGGGCAGCCACAAAUGGUGAUUCAGAAUCAGGCUGCAGCCACCAGCACCUCCCCGUCCAUUGCACCUGCUCCAGCGCCUCAGAUCCUCCUGGUCAACCGUCAAGGUCAGAUUCUGAUCAAAGACCAGAGAACAAACACCUAUCAGUCACUUAGUUCAAAUUCUCCUGCCUACAAUAAAAUAAGCCAGAUUGCCAAGAUUCUCCACAGCGGCAAUGCUUUGCAGCGCUCGGUUCCACGUGUCAUCAUAAAGCCGCGUGCCAGCCCCUCAGUCACAAACAUCCCUCCUGCCGAUAACAACACAACAACAACAACGACGACGACUCAGAAGAAAAUCAUCUUUAGAGUAGUACCAGUGAAAAGCAGCGUGACUCAAGCUCCCUCAACUCCUGGCAGUGUGCAGUGCGUUCCUGAAGCAGUUUCAUGCAACAUUGAGGAAAGCACGGCUCAGGCUAUAAUCGACAGAGCCAUGGCGACACACCGCGAAGAACCACAUCCAGAACCACAGCCAAAACCAAAACCGAACAUCCUCAAAAACACUAGACGACCCAACGCCAGUCAUCAGAGACCAUCCCAGUUUCAGGACACAGAGGAGUCGGAUUGUUCACCAGCUGCUCGUUCAGACUCCCCCAGCGUUUGCCUUAAUGAGACAUAUUUGAACCAGCGACUGAAGCCGGCUCCACCGCGCCAGGUGAGGGUGAAGAGAGUCUCAUCAGUGACCGAAAAGCCCACCAGAAAGAAAUCCAAGAUUAAUUUCUUAAAAGAUCCAAACAUUGACCUUGAGGAAAUUGAUGAACCCAGCAGGCCGGGUGGUGUGAGAAUGAAAGCUCCAUCAAUGAAGGAGGUGAUUGAUAUGGACAUGAGGAGUAUGCCUGAACAGCCUGAGCCGUUGAGGAUUACUGCUCCUUCUGCACUCUCCAGGCAACCCCGACAUGAAAGUUCACCUUCACAAACCGACAGUCACAUUAAGAGUAACACACACAUGUGGGUCAGUGCUCGUCAUGGAGACCUCUCUGAAUGGGGCCCUUAUUCAGGUUUUAGCUCUGAGGAAGAUGCACCAACACCCAAAUAUAAGAAGAAGACGUACAUGAACCAGCCUCACCUGCGCUUUGAAAUCACCAGUGAGGACGGCUUCAGUGUGAAGGCUAACAGCAUAGAGGGUGCAUGGCGCGCUGUAAUCGAUGGCGUCCUGGAAGCUCGAGCGGGCUUUCACAUGAAGCAGCUGCCUCUGGGCGUGAUGAGUGGACCCCGGGUGCUCGGUGUCAUCCACGAUGCUGUUAUCUUCCUGCUGGAGCAACUGCAUGGCGCAGCAAACUGCAAACGCCACCGCUUCCGCUUCCACCGCUGCGAUGACAUCGAGGAGGAGCUUCCCAUCAAUCCGAGUGGCUGCGCUCGCUCUGAAGUCUACACACGGAAAGCAACCUUUGAUAUGUUCAACUUCCUGGCAUCACAGCAUAGACAGCCUCCAGACAUAGUAGGUCAAUUUGAUGAAGAGGAGGAUGAAUUCCCACUCAAAUCUUCCAGGCGAGCCACCAGCAGUGAGCUUCCCAUGGCAAUGAGAUUCAGACACCUGGAAAAAAUCUCCAAAGAAGCAGUUGGAGUUUACAGAUCUGAAAUCCAUGGUCGUGGACUUUUCUGCAAAAGGAACAUAGAGGCUGGGGAGAUGGUUAUCGAGUACGCAGGCACCGUCAUUCGCGCCGUUCUGACUGAUAAGCGGGAGAAGUAUUAUGAUGGCAAGGGCAUCGGCUGCUACAUGUUCCGCAUCGACGACUUUGACGUGGUGGACGCAACAAUGCAAGGCAACGCAGCUCGUUUCAUCAACCACUCGUGCGAGCCCAACUGCUACUCCCGUGUCAUCAACGUCGACGGCCGCAAGCACAUCGUCAUCUUCGCUCUGAGAAAGAUCUACCGGGGCGAAGAGCUGACCUACGACUACAAGUUCCCCAUCGAGGACGAGAAUAGCAAGCUGCACUGCAACUGCGGGACGAGACGCUGCCGUCGCUUCCUGAAUUAGUAUCAGACACACAAACACGCCAUGUACAAAAUAGCCAUCGUGUUAAAAUGCACUAGAAUUCAGCAGGUGGACUGUGACGACCUUUUGAUGAAGCUGAUUGUUGUGAAGUAGCCAUAAGAGUGAGGGUUCCCCAACGCGCACACACACCUGAUCUAAGGAGUUUUCACUUUGUUAAAGCUUAAUUUAUUGAGUGAUUAGGGACAGUGUGUGUUUAAUCUGUGAAACUAAACUGUGUCACACAAACAAGACCAGAGCCAUGAUACACAGUGUGGGGCGAUUAAUAUUUAUUUGAUUUGAGACUUUCGGUCUGUUAGGACGUGCAGUAUGAACAAACAACUGCUCGAAUAUUUAGAUGUCAGAGCUGUUGUACCUCCUUCAUUACACAUCCUUUCUGUUUUGCAACGUUAGCCUCUGCUGGAACUUGGUCUCAGUGAAAGCCAGGGGGCAGUAUAACCAGCUACAAACAGUGCAAACUAAAAAUAGAAUAUUAAGGGAUUUCUGUUAUUUGAGGUGAUGGAGUGUCUCUGUAAACACAAAGUCACAGAAGGUUAGGGAGAACUUAUUCAGCACCUUACUUUGACUCGACCUCCUGGCAACGUUUGUAUUGCAGCAGGCAGGAGACAUUUUUUUACUUCAAAGCAAACAAACGAAACACAUUUAACUCCUCGUGUACAUUGUAGCGCAGCUGUAUUUUAACUUCACUCUUGGAUACAACUUGUGAGCAGGGAAUUUAAUAUUUCGGGUGCUGGCGACAUUUAUCCCAAACCGUAGUUUUAACGUAGUCCCCCAAACUGUUUCGCCCCCUCAUUCAUUCUGUUUUAUUUGUGACGGCAUAUUUGCUGUGAUGUUUUUAUCUUGACUGUCUUGAUUGGUUUCUUUGUACUGUUUGUUUAUUGUAAGAUCUAUGAGGGAGAUUUUCCUUGAUGCAGGGUUCAAAUUGAAUAUACUGACCUUGCUCGGCACAGUCCCCUAUAAAUCUUUUUUGUAUUUUUGUAUAUUUGAACAAUAAAUGUAUAUUCAACAAGCUAACUGAAACACACGUGUUUGACCUUUUAACUUUUAUUUCUAAGUGAAGGCAGGCUUAUUGAACCGAAGCUGUUGCAGAGUUAUGAAUCUUCUUAUUUUGCAUCUUUUUUGCACCCUCUUCCUCGUGUUUUUUUUUUGUCCACCACAGGUGUACUACCUCAAAAGUGUUAUGAAGCGAAUAUUUAAUUUAAUUACAUGACACAAUUGGUAAAACACUGCUUUCUAGUUUCCUCAUUGUUCAGUCUUUGUAAUCAUUAUAUUUUACACAAAGCAAAUCAAAAACUGUUGAACACUGACUUGCUAUUAUGCCUGCAGUCAUUUUUGUAAGAAUACCUGGCCACCAUGUUUUUGUGCUCGUGUCUCCUGUUUGAAACCACACCUAGCGGAUGGAUGUAGAUAGAGUCCUAGAGUUUAGCUUCAAGGCUGGAUGCUUAGGAAGUUUGUUUUCUGUUUUUGGAACAAUAAUAGAAUUUCUCUCAAAGUUUGUGACUGAAUUGGCUCACAUUUGAUUCUUGCCUGUACAUAGUUGUAUAAAGAAUUUCUAAACCUGUUAAAUAUUUUUGUACCUACAUUUUUUUUUUUAUUUAUGUUCAAUAAAAAUUUGAAAUGUU